UCUUGGAUCAGGCGCCAGGACCUGCACGUGCUGACCACAGGUAACUUCACGUACACGACGGACACGAGGUUCCGCGCGCUGCACCUGCCCGGCUCGCCCUUCUGGAACCUGGAGGUGGACCGGCCCGCCAUCACCGACUCCGGCCUCUACGAGUGCCAGGUGUCCACGCAGCCCAAGAUAUUCCGCCGCUUCAGGCUUAGCGUUGUGGUCCCCAGCGCGCGCAUCACCGGCUCGAGGGAGAUCUUCAUGAAGGCGGGCAGCGAUAUCAAUAUCACGUGCGUGGUGAAGGGCGCCAUUAGGGGAGCGCCCGUCACCUGGUACCACGUGCUGCCCCGCGACCCACCCAAGGAGGAGCUGGUGGAGAUCAACGCCGGGGGUCGGGGCGGCGUGCAGCUGGUAACGGACAAGAACUCGGGCACCAGCUGGCUCCUGGUCACCCACGCCACCUGGAGGGACGCCGGGAACUACACGUGCGCGCCCGUGCACGCCACGCCCGCCUCGGUGUCCAUCCACGUGCUCGACGAGGCUCCAGCCGAGCUCCAAAACGACCCCCAGCCGAGCCGGGCCCAGACGUCCACCCAAGGAACGCCAGGCCUCCCGCUGCUCCUGCUGGGGCUUCACCGUCUGCUGGGACGCGACAGGACGAGAACGUGGUGCCUCUGGGUUCUCCUGGCUGCCUGUCUAGGGUUCUCCAGCGCCGUCAGUGGUACGAGUAGCCUUCAGGACGUCUCUCAGAUUAGUAAGGAAGCCAAGGCAUUCUUGAAAGUCGCCGCGAGGGAGGAAGGUGGUUUGCGGAUAUCCUUUGCUUCUACACUUCCUCCUCUUCUCUCUUUGUAUCCUACACUUCAUUCUCGUCUCCCCCAUCCUUCGUCUGAUACACUCCACCCUUCUCCUUAUCUGUUUGGCUGGGCCCCACACUGUGUGUGGAGGAAAUUAUCAACGGCAUCCCGAGUAACGACAGCAGCACCCAGCCGGUGGCCACACAAGCUGCACGCAAGAUGCUCUCAGCCCGCCCCUAGAUGCCACCCUGGAUGCCGGCCUGGUGCACCCCCUUGUACGCCUCCUGGAGAGGGCAGACAACCUCGGGCGCUGUCGUAUCGUUCGUCAAGCUGCUCCGCUCGCCGCACACCAACGUGGCAUGCAGAGCAAGCCGUGUGGGCGCCGGGAAACACUGCUGGCGAUGGCCCCAAACUCAGAGACUUCGUCAUUAAGGCUGGCAUUGUACAACCCCUUUUGGAACUCAUUAGACCAGACACAGAGACUGCCGAGAUCAACGAGGUGGACCGCCUGGGCCAGAUGAGUGAGGAGUGCGGCGGACUGGACAAGACUGAGGACUGCAGCACCACGACAACGAGGCCGUGUACGAGAAGGCCCUGGAUGGAUAUCAUCGAGAAGUGUUCCGGCGAGGAGGAGGGCCCCGAGGUGAGCAGCCCCACCAGUGGCCAGGCGUACGACUUCUCUGCCGUGAACAACGUGCCUGAGGGUGGAUUCUCUUUCUAGGACUUCAGUGUGUGUGUCUGGCAAGGGAGGAGCAGCAGCAGGCAGAGUGUGUGUGUUCCACGGCGGAAUAAUGUGAUAAUGUAUCUAACCGUCAAUCUCACUUGUCUAAGUGACCUUUGCAG